GCCUGAUGAUGUACCUUGUACACUAUAACCACGACGAAACCAGGUUGCUCACCAAAGCCACCACAACCAGCUUCUAGAUAAAUCUCUGCCUUGCCAUUAACUUUAAAUUGUUCAGUUACAACCUACCCCAUACCUAUUUACUAGAACUCUGCCGCAGAAAUGAAUAUCGUCGAAUGGGCAUUUGGGAAGCGUAUGACGCCGGCUGAGCGUCUGCGCAAACACCAGCGCGCCCUGGAGAAAACGCAGAGGGAACUGGAUCGCGAAAGGAUAAAGCUGGAGAACCAAGAAAAAAAGCUGAUCAUCGAGAUCAAGAAGAGCGCAAAGAGUGGACAAAUGGGAGCUUGCAAGAUCCAGGCCAAGGACCUGGUUCGAACGAGGAGAUAUAUCGAAAAGUUCUACUCCAUGCGGACGCAAUUACAAGCCAUCUCAUUGCGCAUUCAGACGGUCAGGACCAACGAACAGAUGAUGCAGUCGAUGAAGGGAGCUACUAGAAUUCUUGGGAGCAUGAACCGAAGCAUGAAUUUACCAGCGCUCCAACGUAUAGCUAUGGAAUUUGAGCGAGAAAACGAGAUGAUGGACCAGAGGCAAGAGAUGAUGGAUGAUGCUGUUGAUGAUGCGAUGGGGGUAGAUGAUGAAGCAGAAGGCGACGAAGUGGUUGAGCAGGUUCUGGAAGAAAUAGGUGUUGAUCUCCGUCAGGCAAUGGGCGAGACCCCGCAGGGUCUGCAAACCGAAGCUGUGCCCGAAAGCCGAGUUGCUCAGGCCGUUGGCGGUGGAGGCGUUGGCAGUGGUGAUCCUGGCGAUGAUGACCUUCAGGCUCGAUUGGACAGCCUCAGGCGUUAGGCUACAGGCAUGCGCUGGUCUUUUAAUGUGAAUAGAAGUAGGGAUAAAGUGGUGGAUGAUGGGCGCUUUUGGAGGUUCAAUUUUCGGCGCCAAGGUGUUUGGGAAGGCUCAUGAUGGCCACAUAGCAUGCACAGCGACUAGCAGAUAUAUGUUAAUUUUUGAAGAUCAUGUUGAAACAUAG